GUCAAUCAUCUUUUUAUCCAAAAAAUAAUCAAACUCUAUUAUCUUUAAUAAACCAUGACAACAUAUUGGAAAUCACAACCAAAAAAGUUUUGUGAGUUAUGCAAAUGUUGGUUUUCUGAUAAUGCUAAUAGCUCUGCAAUUCAUGAAAAAGGGUUAAAUCAUAAAGAAAAUUUGAAAAGAAAAAUACAACAAAUUAGUGAAAAUAAGGUUUUAGGGGAUAAACAACAGAAUGCAUAUGAAAAAUGCAUGAUGCAAAUUGAAAAAGCUGCAAUGAAAUCCUUCAAAAGGGACCUUGAAAAUGAUUCUUUGAUUAUUAAUGAGCUUGAUUCAGGUGACAAUGAAGGCAAAAAAGGCAAUUAUGACGAUGUAAUAGUUGAAAGAGGCCCAAUAAAUAAACCCUUAAACUCUGUGGAAACAAAUAAUGCUUCCAUCAAAACAUAUUCUAAAACAGUUAAAACCACGCCAAAACGCUCAUUAGAUGCUCCAUUCAUUGGAAAAUGGAAAACAGUUAAAAGAGAAGAUUCAGUUCUGUUGCGCAAAGAAAACGACACGAUACUCUCGAAUGAUUGUUAUAUAGACCUUCAACUCCCUAAUAACGAUACCUGGCAUAAAAAUAUAUUUUACACGGUUGUCGAAGAUAAUAUAAAAAAUUCAGAAGGUGAUCAUAGUCAAGGUGAAGAAAUAAUCUUCGCAGAAAAAAGGAUGGAUCAUAAAUCCGCAAAAGAUGAUUUACCAAAUCUAAUUUGCUCCGAUGAUCAAAAAAAACUUCAUCAAAAAUUGGUUGAUAAAACAUCGAAUAACGAAUUUGAAACUUUGCAAAUUACCAUGGUAAAGAGGAAAAAACGAUUCUGCGGAAGGACUUCUCAAAUAUCUGACUAAUAAAAUAUUUUUAAUAAUGUAAAAUAUAAUAUAAUUAUGUAAAAUAUAGAAUAUAUCCUUUUAAAAAAGUGGCUUUUAAAUAAGUUAUUAUAUUAUGAUUUGUUAAUUUAAUGUCUAAUAAUUUUGAGAGUAUAAUUUAAUAUAUUUUUAAACCUUAAUAUAAAAAUUCAACCAAAAUUUGCAAUCGGUCAAUGGUAAAAUUCAAUUUUAAGUUUUUAUGACACUAUUCACUUUAUUAA